CAUAUUCCCACUCGAUAAGAGUACAACACUCACCACAUCCUAUUGCUUGGGAUGCACAGAAGAAAGAAAGUCAAUGGAUAGCUUCCUCGUCUACGCCGCCGCCUGCCUCCUUGCCGCCCUGUGGUACGCCGCCUGGUUCCGGCGGCACAGCCGCCCGAGGUCCGCCCCCCUCCCCCCCGGCCCCAUUGGCCUCCCCCUUGUCGGUAGCCUCCCUUUCCUCGAACCCGAUCUGCACUCCUACUUCGCCCGCCUCGCCCGCGCCCACGGCCCCAUCUUUAGCCUCCGUCUCGGCGCCAAGCUCGCCGUCGUCGUCACCUCCCCCUCCCUCGCCCGCGAGGUGCUCAAGGACCAGGACGCGGCCUUCGCCAACCGCGACGUCCCCGCCGCCGCCCGCGUCAUCACCUACGGCGGCGGCACCGAGAUCGUGUGGAACCCCAACGGGCCCGUGUGGCGCAUGCUCCGCCGCGCCUGCGUCCGCGAGAUGCUCUGCCCCGCCGGCCUCGACGCCAUCUACGACCUCCGCCGCCGGGAGGUGCGGGCCAUGGUCAGAAGCCUCCGGGCGCGCGCGGGCAGCCCCGUGGACGUCGGCGCGGAGAUGUUCCUGGCUAUGAUGAACGUGAUCACGAGCACGCUGUGGGGCGGGACGCUUGAGGACGGGGAGGAGCGGAGCGUGGUGGGGAAGGAGUUCCAGGAACUGGUGGCGGAGAUAACGGAGCUGCUGGGGAGGCCCAACGUGUCGGACUUCUUCCCGGGGCUCGCGAGGUUCGACCUGCACGGGAUUCAGAAGCAGAUGCACGUCCUGUUGGAGCGCUUCGAUCGCAUCUUCGAGUCGAUCAUCGAAAGGAGGAGGAGGAAAUUGGAGGAGGGGGGAGGCAAGAAGCAGGGAGGAGACGACUUCUUGGAGUUCAUGCUAAGGUUGGAGACGGAAGGUGGCGACGGUAAGACGCCGUUUACCAUGACUAACGUUAAAGCGCUUCUCAUGGACAUGGUGGUGGGUGGGACAGAGACCACAUCUAACACGAUGGAGUGGACCUUGGCUGAGAUGAUGCAGAAGCCGGACGUCAUGAAAAGAGCCAAGGAGGAGCUUGACCAUGUGGUGGGGAAGGACGGCAUUGUGGAAGAGUCUCACGUCCCCAAGCUCCCCUACCUCGGGCUGGUGAUCAAGGAGGUGCUCCGCCUGCACCCGGCCCUCCCCCUCCUCGUCCCGCACUGCCCCAGCUCGACGCGCGUCGUCGGCGCCUACACCGUCCCCGAGGGCAGCAGGGUCUUCGUCAACGUGUGGGCGAUCCAAAGAGACCCCGCCAUCUGGAAAGACCCCUUGGAGUUCAGGCCGGAGAGGUUCGCGGACGCCGACAGGUGGGACUUCAGCGGGAAAGAUUUCAGCUACUUCCCCUUCGGGUCCGGGAGGAGGAUCUGCGCCGGGAUUGCGAUGGCGGAGAGGACGGUCAUGUACAUGGUGGCGUCGCUGCUGCACUCGUUCGACUGGGAGCUGCCGAAGGGCACGACAUUGGAGCUGGAGGAGAAGUUUGGGAUCGUGAUGAAGAAGGCUCGCCCGCUGGUUGCCAUUCCCACGCCUCGACUUGCAAGCGCUGAUCACUACUGCUAGAUCUCCACCCGUCUUUAUGAUAGUAAACAACAGGAUCAGUGCGUGUGUUCGAAGUCUCGAUAAUAGCAUUGCAAGUGACUCCUCGUGCUGAAGAACAAUACAUUGGUAAUUAACAGCUCCCUGGUAUACAGGGAUAAGAUUACUACUUUGCA